AUGCAAGAUCUGAGAACUAGGAUCAAAGAUGUCAUGCAAGCAAUGAAAGGGAAGGGCCAGGCCACAGUGAACGAUUUGGUAGAAGAGGUGGACGACAAGGUUGCCCUCACAGCCUUUGUGGGAGGACUACAGACUUCUAAGUUCCUAUUUUCCUUAUCAAAAGAAGCCCCUACAAGCAUGACAGAGUUGAUGGUUAGAGCAUGGAAGCACAUGAACGCUAAGGAUGCUAUGAAUGCACAAAAAAACAAAGAUGGUGAAGAUAAGAGGUCGGAGAAGAAGAGGCCAGCACCUAACACUAGGGAGGAAAAGGAAUCAAAGUACAAGAAAUUCUCAAACAACCAGGCUGAUAGAUCGUAUCGCCGCCCAAUUCAAGAUGACGCAUCAUUGAAAUGGCCGCCAAAGCUAAAAGCUGAUCCAACAAAGAGGUCUCUAGGUAAAUACUGUAGGUUUCACCGGGACCAUGGACAUAACACAGAAGAUUGUUUCGACCUCAAAAACCAGAUCGAGAACCUUGUUCGUAAAGGUCAUUUACGCAAAUUCACAACUGGAAAUGGAAAAGGAGGCUCCAACCCAGCCCGGGAGGGCUGA